GCUCACCGCACCAGUCCUCUCAGCGAUCCUCAAGGAGGGACAAGGAAGCUACAGAGACUCGGCAACUGGUGGAGUUCGCAGCCCUGGUGGUUUCAGCUGUUGCUCCGGGAGGAUAUGGCAAAGAACACAGCCGCCAACCUUUCCACAGGAGCUCCAUGCCUUUUGAUUCUUCUGAAUUUUCUGAAUUGUCUGAUCUACACGCUGUGCGCCGGUAUAGACUCUGUGAGUUGCAACUUCACUGUCAAGUAUCGAACCUCACCUGGACAGUGCUCAGUGAAUGGAGAGCCUCUCUUUCAUUUUCCUGAUGAAAAACUUGGAAAGGGGGGAAAUGUCACUGAGGUGUGUGCUGAUUUGUACCAAAGCCUGGAAAAGAGCUUUGAUAAAAUGUUGGACCUGGAGCCAGAGUUAUUCAAUACCAAGGGCAAUCGAACCUUGCAGGUCAACAUACAAUCUAAGUAUGAUCAAGGAGAAUUCAUUGAUGGACUCUGGGCCUUCACCAUUGAUGGACAGCAUUUCUUCUACUUUUAUCCAAAA